AUGCUCUGUGCUCUAUCCGGAGAACCAGUGAAAGAGCCCGUGGUGUCGCCUCGUAGUGGCGCAAUCUUUGAAAGAAAAUUGAUCGAAUCCUACAUUGCUACCUCCGGUAAAGAUCCAGUGACCGAUGAACCUCUAGCGACAGAGGACUUGGUACCGGUCAAGACAUCGGUGUCCACGAUAUCUCCACCCAGACCACCCGCAUUCAAUUCUAUUCCCACGAUGUUGGCGGCAUUUCAGAACGAAUGGGAUGCUCUUGCGUUGGAGACGUACACGUUGAGAAAACAGCUUAAUCAGGCCAGACAGGAGCUCAGCGAGGCGUUGUAUCAGUACGAUGCAGCGGUUCGAGUGGCGGCAAAGGCUAUCCGUGAGCGUGACCAGGCGCAAACGGCGCUUGUACAGCUUUCUGAGACCUUUGCAAACGAAGCUGGUGGUAAUGUACUUGUAAACAAUGAAGAGGUACAAAAUGGCCAGAACAGCCAGAAUGGCCAGAAAGAUGGUGAAAACGACACCUCAGGUAACAACCAGAUUCCUGUAGAUUUGUUGAAGUCCGCCAGAGACACUUUGUUUGCAUUGCACAAGAAACAGAAGGUGGCAUUGCCAGUGACAAAGAAGCUGACUGUACAGAUCAAGACAAGCGACCAGAUAUCGACCUUAAAGAACAUUGUGGCUGCCAGUGCAAGUAGUGAUGGGUCCAAACUCUUGCUACAGUCGAAGCAUAAGAUGCAGAUUCUUCCGGAGACGACAACCUUUGACCUCAAAGAUGUUUCGGCGAUUGGUGUGAUCAAUUCCUCCAAUGGAAUCAAGGCAAUAGCAUUCGCAGACGGAGCAGUGGUGGAUUUGCGUGAUAACAGCCGCACAGACCUUCCGUUGACGGCCGUCUCGACCAUCAUCCCGCAUCCCAGUGAAGCUUUAUUCGUGGCUCUCACUGAAAACAACGAAUUGGCUCUUUGCGACGACAACGAGGUGCUCUACAGAACACAACUCCCGCAUCCUGUUACAAGUGCCGCUUUGCAUGUGGACGGUGUGCUUUUGGGAGUAGGCACUUCGGGAAAGGUCGAAAUUUACGACUUGACCACCACAGAGAAAGUCUCCAGCAUAGAAACGCAAUAUCCGCAUAUUCUGAAACUCCAAUUUGCACUCAACGGUUAUUGGCUUGUGGUGUCAUCACUGGAGGGGGACAAGUGUGCAUUGCAAAUUUUUGAUUUGCGGAAGAACACGCUGGUUCAUGCAAUAGAAUUCACGUCGCCAAUUGACUACAUUCUUGAUCCGUCAUGCCUGGUACUUACCACAUACGAAAAGAGCUCCAAGAAAUUGCUUGUACAUUUAUAUGUUAAGAAGGGAAAGCUGUGGGUGGAUAAUGCUGCGGAACUUGAAGCUGGAGAGUUGGAGUAUCUUCUUGGAGAGUCUACAGGAGAGUCCGUACAAGAGACUCAAGUAGUGAAGAUUGCAGGUGUGGGCAAGGAUCAUGUGGUGCAUUACGAGCUCAGCAUACAAGAGUAG